AUGUCAGAUAACAGAAGCUGUGAGAGGAAGAACAUGUUCGAUGAAGAUGCAUGGUGUGUUGGUUCUUCCAACAAUUGGCUCAUGCUAUUUGGCAGGGAUGGUUACCCUUUUCUUCUUCAUCCCUCCUCUGAUUCUUUCAUUCUGUUGCCACAAUUUCCCCAUUCAUUCUUGGCCUUCAACAUCACACAUUCCUAUUUUGCCGAAGCCUUGAGGAAAACCUUUGUAAGCAAGUUUGUGUUCAUGGGUUCUGCCUCUCCCUCUCACUACUUUCUUGCCAUAUUGUAUGGACACCAAUGCAAGCUUGCCUUGUUUGCUGCUGACUCGUGGGUGGAACUCUCUGAUGCACAGGGCUGUUAUCGUGACAUUGUGUUCGUCAACAAUUAUCUCUAUGCUUUGGCAAAAGACGAUUCUAUAUACUUGGUGAUAUCAAAGGGAGAGUUUCUGUUGGUGAAGAAGUAUAUUGGGAAUUUCGUGGACGCUGAUGGGGUGGUAGUAGAUGAAGCAUACAUUUUGUCAUCACUUGGUGUCACACCUUGCCCUUACAGAACAAAGCAUUUUACUGUGUAUGCACUUGACUUUGGAAAGAUCAAGUGGGAAAAGAAGAGGAUCUUACUCGAUCAAGCUCUAUUUGUCGGCACCGAGUCUAAAUCAGUGCCUGCGGCUUUAUCAGGAUGUCAAGCAAACUCCAUUUAUUUCACAGGUGAUAGGUUGGAAGAGAUGGAUUUAGAUUGGUCUUAUGGUGGUAACUGUUAUGGAUAUGAAUAUCAUAUCACAACUACCUAUCAGAAUAUCUGA